UGGUGACGUUGUUGACCCACUGAGCGAGCAUGGUCUAAAAGUAAGCGAGCCCCUCGGAACAAGCAGCGGAUCCUGUCGGAGCGCUCAGAAAAAGUCAUUGGCUCCUUCUUCACCGGUACCGCAGGGUGGGACUUUGGAGCCCACGGCAGCGGCCGGUGUGACAGCAGAUGGCGAGGCUGCGUGUUCGGGCUCAACAGUGACUGUCAGGCGGGUCUGAGUCCAGCUGACCUGCGCAGGGUGGGCGGGCGAGGAGGGCGGCAGCUGUGCGUCCCUGGAAGCUGCUGGAGCAUCAUUGUGUUUGUUUGCAACACCGCGGCUGGAGUGGGACGGAUACCGCCGCAUGCACUUCUAUUUCUUUUCCUUUUCCCUUUUUUUAAAAAAAAACCCCUUCCUGACUGUUUACACUCCGAAAGAGAAACUGCACAGUUUGCGCAUCCUCCGUGCGCUGAGGAGGCUGACUGGUGUCACAUACAGUAGCCUGCAGCAUUCCUGCGUAUUUACACGGGCUACAGCGGCGCAAAGGUUGGGAGUGAUCUGGGGUUUACCAACUACACCCAUCUGGCUCAGGAACCCCGAUUCUGGACCUAGAGCAGCUACUUUAACAGCCACAUACACCGAUGUUCGUGAGACGUUCCUUCAUACCCUUUUUACAAGUACUGCUUCUCUACUAAGUCUGUUUUAGAGAGCAGCCAACAUGGCAAUCGGCUCCCAGCUUUGGCCUCCUCCUGUCUUGCUGUGCGUGGGAUUUCUUCUUGCUUUUCCACCGCCAGUGCGUGGCAAAGAAUGUCCACAUUUGUGUGUGUGCGAGAUCCGCCCUUGGUUUACCCCCCAGUCAACAUACAAGGAGGCAACGACGGUGGACUGCAACGACUUGAGACUGACGCACAUCCCCACCAACCUGUCGGCUGACACUCAGGUGUUGCUGCUGCAAAGCAACGCCAUCUCUCGCACCAGUGGAGAGCUGCAGGUUCUGCUGAACCUGACGGAGCUGGAUCUUUCCCAGAAUAACUUUACCAAUGUUGAAGCUGUUGGCCUCAGAAACAUGAAUCAUCUGACUACUUUGCAUCUGGAGGAGAACCAGAUCAAAGAGUUGCCAGACCACUGCCUGGGAAACCUCUCCAGCCUCCAGGAACUCUACAUUAACCACAACCAGAUAAGCUCCAUCUCCCCUCAUGCAUUUUCAGGUCUACGCAGUCUACUGCGGCUCCACCUCAACUCAAACAGGCUCCACGUGAUAGACAGCCGCUGGUUUGAGCAAACUCCUAACCUUGAGAUCCUCAUGAUUGGGGAAAACCCAGUCAUUGGCCUCCUGGAUAUGAACUUUACGCCUCUGGGAAGGUUGAGAAGCCUGGUUCUGGCUGGCAUGGAUCUCACUGAUGUUCCACCAAAUGCCUUUGUGGGCUUAGACAAUCUAGAGAGCAUUUCGUUCUAUGACAAUAAGCUGGUUCAAAUCCCCCAAUUAUCCCUACAAAAAGUUCCCAACUUGAAAUUCCUGGACUUAAACAAAAACCCAGUUAGAAAGAUUCAGGAAGGAGACUUCAGAAACAUGCUUAGCCUUAAGGAGCUGGGCAUCAACAAUAUGAUGGAGUUGGUGUCCAUUGAUCGCUAUGCUCUGGACAAUCUUCCAGAACUUACUAAACUGGAGGCCACAAACAACCCAAAACUUUCUUACAUCCACAGACUGGCAUUCAGGGACAUGCCCUCUCUGGAGAGCCUGAUGCUGAACAAUAAUGCUCUGACCGCCCUUUACCAGCACACUGUGGAGGUGCUGCCAAACCUGCGAGAGAUCAGCAUUCACAGCAAUCCACUGCGCUGCAACUGCGUGACUCAGUGGAUGAGUUUCAACAGGUCCACGGUGCGGUUCAUGGAGCCUCUGGCCAUGCUCUGCACUGCCCCACCAGAACUCAGAGGCCAACGGGUCCGAGAGUUAAGGCUGCUGGAGUCCACAGAGCAGUGCCUUCCCCUCAUUUCCCAUGACACCUUCCCAAGCCACUUGAACCUUGAGUUAGGAAUGAGCGUCAGCCUGGACUGUCGGGCAAUGGCUGAACCGGAACCUGAAAUCUACUGGGUCACCCCUCUUGGUGCCAAAAUCACAACAGACACGGUGUCAGAGCGGUACCACCUGAGCAGCGAGGGGACUCUGCGGCUGUCUCACGUGCAGGUGGAAGACUCUGGGAGGUACACCUGCGUGGCACAGAACCCAGAAGGCGCCGACACGUGGGUCUCCACAAUCCGCGUAAACGGGACCCUGCUGGACAGCACUCAGGUGAUGAAGAUCUACGUCAAGCAGACAGAGGCUCAUUCCAUCCUGGUCUCCUGGAAAGUCAACUCAAACGUCCUGUCCUCCAACCUGAAAUGGGCCUCCGCCACCAUGAAGAUUGACAACCCGCACAUCACAUACACCGCUCGCGUUCCUGUGGACGUUCACGAGUACAACCUCACGCACCUUCAGCCUGCCACGGAGUACGAAGUGUGCCUCACGGUUUCCAACAUCCACCUGCAAACGCACAAGUCCUGCGUCAACGUCACAACACGCGGCGCCACCUUCGCCUUGGACCUGUCGGAUCAGCACCCGAGCAUGGCCGUGCUGGCCGUCAUGUCGACCGCGUUGGCCUUCCUCAGCCUGGCCACUGUGGCCGUCUACGUGGCCCGCAGGUGGAAGAGGAAGAACUACCACCACUCGCUGAAGAAGUACAUGCUGAAGACCUCUUCCAUCCCGCUUAACGAGCUCUACCCUCCGCUCAUUAACCUUUGGGAGGCCGAUGGGGAGAAGGACAAAGACGGCAGCGCGGAGGGGAAACCUUCCCCUGUCGACACCACACGCAGUUAUUAUAUGUGGUGAGGAUGUUCUCACUGAGGCCCAACGCCUCGCUAGCAGCACAAUAAGACACUCUUUUGCCAUUUUGGUGCAAAAGUAAAAUGACGUUGAAAGUGUUUUUUUGUAUUUUUAGCUUUGCUAUUAAGAGGCAGAGUGAUCAAGUGCAGGAUUUAUAUUAGUAUAGCGUAUCGCCUUUGUUUAAUCUGUAUCAUUGUUCUUUACUCUCCAAGACGGCAGCUGUAUUUAGCCUCCAGGUUGUCUUAGUCGCUCUGCUCGGUUUCUGUGGUGCAUUUUGGACUCAUGUUCCUUCUAGGUUCAUCACGGCAGCAGGGGGACAAACAUUUUUGGAGCGUUUGUAGAAAUGAUUUGUUAUUUUCUUUUGUAACACAGCUAAAUCUGUUGUGCACUGAUAGAUAAAGAGGUUUGUAAAAACUUCCAUCAAAAGCUGGCAGCAGGGUUCAGAUUCGGUCUGUCUAAUGGAUGUUAGCGGUCGUGCAGUAAUGUUGUAUCAACUAUAAAUUUUACCUUUCUUGAUUUGCGCUGUGAGGAAGUAGGAUUUUAGUUUGCUAAAAGUGUAACGCUAAAACAUUCUAGAAUUAAGAAACAUUAUUUUGAAAUUUUCUCAAUAAGGUGCACUAGAAAACCUUUUGACAUUAUUCUUAAUUUACUUAGGUUUUAGCUAGAGUUUUUGUUCACUAAUUGCUUAGUUUAUAAUUUCCACGUGUAAUAUGUAUACUUAAACAAUGAUAAAUAAAGGUUUUGUUCUUUUUCA